AAUCUCUCACCGCCAUUAUUAUAGCUAAUUUCUAGAUUUUUAUAUUCCAUGGACGCUUGUGGGGAGGUGGCCAUAAUCAAAGGUGUUGCAUCAAUUUUUCUUGAUUGGCAACCCUUGUCAAUAUAGUAUUCAAAUCUUCAAUUAUUUCCUUCAUUAGGGAUAAGCAUAUUUCAGAUAAAUCUUCAUAUUUUGAAAUUUCGAGAUACAUUUCUUCAUCAAGGAAAAAAUGAGUUCUCAAGAAAGUGGGAGAGAAAAGGAAAUAAUAGAGUUAGAUGAAGCACGGCUACAAGGGCAAGCGGAGAUAUGGCGAUACAUGUUCAGCUUUGCAGAUUCCAUGGCGCUUAAGUCUGCCGUGGAGCUCCGCAUAGCUGACAUAAUACACUCUCAUGGUGUCGCCAUCACUCUAUCGCAAAUAGCUUCAUGCAUUAAUGGCUGCCUUACUUCGCCGGACAUCACCACCCUUGCUCGCAUAAUGAGAUUGCUCGUCCGUAGAAAGAUUUUCACUGUCCACCACCCUUUAGACGGUGGAGAUCCCCUGUACGAUCUGACUCACUCAUCGAGAUGGCUGCUACAUGACUCUGAGCAAACAUUGGCGCCCAUGGUAUUGAUGGAGAACCAUCCAUGGCUAAUUGCUCCUUGGCACUGCUUUAGCCAGUGCGUUAAAGAAGGUGGCAUUGCCUUCAAAAAAGCUCAUGGGCGUGAGAUAUGGGAUUUGGCAUCAGGAAAUCCUGAAUUCAAUAAGCUUUUUAAUGAUGGCUUGGCUAGUACGUCUAAGGUCGUCACCAGUGCUAUUCUAUCGGGUUACAAACAAGGGUUAAGCUCUAUUGAAUCAUUGGUUGAUGUCGGAGGUGGGAUUGGAGGCUUAAUAUCAGAAAUCGUAAAAGCAUAUCCACACAUUAAAGGUGUUAACUUCGAUUUACCGCAUGUCGUCUUGGCGGCACCAGCAUACAAUGAGAUCUCUCAUGUUGGUGGUGAUAUGUUCCAUGUCAUUCCAAAUGCUAAUGCGGUAAUUAUGAAGUGGGUAUUGCAUGAUUGGGGUGAUGAAGAUUGCAUAAAAAUAUUAAAGAAUUGUAGGAAAGCAAUUCCAAGAGAAAAUGGGAAAGUGAUAAUUGUUGAAGUUGUUGUGAAAGCAGAGGGGAGUGGAGUGUUCGAUGACAUGGGGUUCAUAUUCGACCUCCUAAUGAUUGCACACUCCAGCGGUGGAAAGGAGAGAACCGAGGUGGAAUGGAAGAAAAUCUUGGAAGAAGGAGGCUUCUCUCGCUACAAAAUCAUUGACAUUCCUGCAUUGCCUUCCAUCAUCGAAGCAUAUCCAGAUGAUCAGUAGCAGUAGCACCACUACAUGAUUCUUGUUGUUGUUUAGGAUAAUGCCUGCAAUGGGGACUUAAUUUUCUAUUUUAUGAAUCUACUUUUAUUUCAUGUUAUGUUUAGAUGAAGUAUUAUUUUUUAUGUAUAUUUUAGUAUAUGAUUUAAUAACAAACUAAUUUAAUUGGCAAA